AUGGCUUCCUCUCCUGACAUGGCCGGCAUCGCCAACCUAGGCAGCCAGCUCGCUACGAAGCUGGUGGCUUACGAGAUCGGCACGUCGCGUUCGGACUAUUCGAUCCAUAGGCUGGUCGAGGAUAUCUUCGCAACUACAACAGCACUCGGUGAGCUUCGAGAGUUCCUCGCUGCUGACGCUAGCGCGGCGUUACCUGUCUACAAGCGUGCCGGACGUGAAGCCAUUGAAGAUCUCGCAACGCGAUGCGGCAAAGUCUACACCACCAUCAUCCGUAUCAUUUACCGAGCCAGUCUCGCUGCCAAGGUUGUCGAAGGUGUUGAUUUUGAGGCGCUUAGCCCCCAGGAUCUGAAACCUUCCAGGCUCAUCGCCAUCCAGGCCAACAUCAAGUGGGGGUCGGUAUCAGACGCUUUUGACGACUGCAGAGACCAGUUGCGCUGGCUCAAGCCCAGUCUUUUGCUGCACCUACAAGUGGCCAAUAUCGCACACCUGCAGACCACGUGA